AAGCUUAAGGUCUUUGUAGUAAGUACUGAUAAUUCAAAGAGAAGCAGAGAGGAACAAGAAGUUGAAGGGCCCGAAACCCAUCAGAGGGAGAAACACUGAAUGAGUAAACGAUGAUGAAAGUUGGAGUCUUUUGUGGGCAAUUGGGGUUUCUUGCCCCUUCAAUUCCUACUCUUAACUCUACACAUUCAUAUUUUUUGCGUAUACAUAAAAACCAUGGUGCUUCUCCUCUAAAAUUGGCCGCUUUCGCUCCAAAUUAUGCAACUCAUCAUCAUCAUCAUCAUCAUCAUCAUCAUCGUGACUGUACCUUCGUUGUUGCUUCUUCUGCUUCUUCAUCUCCUUCCUUUGGCGGUUCAGUGAAUCACAUGUCUUCAGAGCAGUUUUUGGAUGUGGGAGUGAAGAAGAAAAAGGAGGGUAUAGCUGGUCUAGAUCAGGACGAACUAAUGGACCCAAAGCUCUUAGCUGAUAAUGAUAGUUGUUUUUGUCAGUUCCAAGGAGUUGAAAUUCACCACAAGAUACAGGAUGCUGCUGAAUCUCAAUCUCAGAGUGCAUUCCAGAAUCAUGGUGUUUCUCAUCAAAUCAAGAAGCCUGGUUUCCCCAUGAUUCUGUUGCACGGUUUCGGAGCCUCGGUUUUCUCUUGGAAACAAGUCAUGAAGCCUUUGGCAGAGGUUACUGGUUCAAAAGUUCUUGCUUUUGAUAGGCCAGCAUUUGGAUUGACAUCAAGGGUGGAUUUAUCAAAACAUCUUUCUUCAGGAAAAGGAGAUGCAAAACCUCUAAAUCCAUACUCAAUGGCAUUCUCAGUGCUUGUUACGUUGUACUUUCUUGAUAUGUUGAACGCUGAGAAGGCAAUUUUAGUAGGGCACUCUGCUGGUUCACUUGUGGCAGUUAAUACAUAUUUUGAAGCCCCCGAACGUGUUGCUGCUCUGAUCCUUGUUGCUCCGGCAAUUUUUGCACCACUUACUAAGCCCAAGAUUGUUAAAGAAAAUCCAUCAAGACAAGAUAACCAAAUGAAAGAAGAGAGCAAUGCUGUCAGUCAAAAUCCAAUUCUUGAGUUUUACAACAUGUUGUUCAACUUUGCCAAGUUCAUUGCAAAUGCAAUAGCAAAGAUGAUGAGAGGAAUGAUAAAUAUGCUUAACUCUCUGUAUAGGAAAUUUGUAUCAGCUAUCCUGCGUUCUUCUGUAGCUAUAAUGCUGGUAAGAAUGGCAAUUAAUAAGUUUGGUACUUCUGCUGUUCGAAAUGCAUGGUAUGAUCCAAAGCAGGUCUCCGAUGAUGUCCUUAGUGGUUAUACGAAGCCAUUGAGGAUUAAGUAUUGGGAUAAGGCACUGGUUGAAUUCACUGCAGCAAUGCUUCUGGAUGAGGAAUCCAAGACAAAACCAUCGCUUUCUCAAAGACUUAAUGACAUCUCAUGUCCAGUACUGAUUGUCACCGGAGAUACGGACCGGCUAGUUCCUUCAUGGAAUGCUGAGAGACUUUCGCGCGUUAUACCAGGAGCAUCGUUCGCCAUAAUUAAGCAGUGCGGUCAUUUGCCCCACGAAGAAAAGGUGGAGGAGUUUAUUUCAAUUGUUGAAAAUUUUCUAAAGCGAUUAGUGACUGAUUCAAAUGAGCAGUAUCUACAAACUAUAACUUGAAAAUUCAACUACUUGGCUUCCUACUUUACUUUCACACAAGAUCCAUAUUGAGCAAACACCAAAGGCAAUUAAACAGACGAAUGAAGAUUUAUCGAAGGAGCAAUGAUGCAUGCUCUUAUUUAAGUUCUCAAGCAUGGUCACCUCAUUCUAGCGGCUAGUAAAGGCUUGGAAGUGGAAAAUUUCCAAAAAGCAACAAGUAAUGAGUUCAUAUUCCAUUAUACGUUCUGAAUUUGGAUCUUCUAAAGUGAAGAAGAUGGUAAAGUGAUAAAGUGAGGGGUUAAUCACUGUUGAUUUUGUAACUUCCCUGAAAUGUGUGGCCCACUAUCUUAAUUUAAGAGUGAUAAACUCUUUACUUUAUCAUUUUACUAACUUUCUCACUUUAGAGGAUCUUGAUCCAUAGGUUCUAGCCUGCGAUAGUACUUGAAUAAAUCUUCAUUGUGUUUGUCUUUC